AUGAACCCGACCUACGACCAGCGUCACAUGCAAUUGUCUCAAAACCGCCCGCAAACUUCGGGCAGCACAAAGCGAUACGUCCAAAUGCCGACUGGUAUGCCGCGUCAACCAUUGUACCCCGCUGACGAUCAUUUCAAUGAUACGCAAAGUGCUUGGGAUGAGCCGUCGAGUAAUGUCGGUGGUGGUGGUGGUGGUGGUGUUGUAUCAUCACAACAGAAUGAUAAGCCCACUGGAUUACGGCAUUUUUCAACAAAAGUUUGUGAAAAAGUCAAGGAAAAAGGAUUGACAAACUACAAUGAGGUGGCCGAUGAGCUGGUUUCCGAUUAUUUUCAAAAUAAUUUGAUGAAACAGAUUGAUGUAGUGAAACAAGAAUAUGACAUGAAAAACAUCCGCCGACGAGUCUAUGAUGCUCUAAACGUUCUUCUCGCUAUGAAUAUAAUCACAAAAAAUAAAAAAGACAUACGAUGGAUCGGACUUCCCGCUUCGGCUUCCCAAGAAAUAUCGCGGUUGGAAGAGGAAAAAGCGAGACGAGAAGCGAGUAUAAAAUCGAAAAGAGAGACGCUAAAAGAGAUGAUUCUACAAAUUGUUUCAUACAAAAAUUUGGUGGCCAAAAAUAGGGAGGCUCAGCGGAAAAAUGGUGAACCGAGCGUCGACACCAUCCUCCAUUUGCCAUUUUUAAUGAUACACACGCAUAAAGAUACAAAUGUGGAGUGCAGCGUAUCUGCUGAUAAAUCCGAGUUCUUAUUCUCGUUCGACAGAAAAUUCAAAAUUCACGACGAUUUUGAAGUGUUGAAAAAAUUGAAUCUUACAUGCAGUCUUAACACAUCGAAUCCAACAGAUGAAGAGGUGAAGAUUGCAAAGAGCUAUUUGCCAUCGUUACACCAAAAUUAUGUCGAUGAAAUCAUUUCAAACAACAAAAAACAAGAAAUUGAACGAGAAGAGAACAAGAAACGAUUGUUAGCUCAACAACAUAGCCAGUUGCAAUUGCAAUAUUAUGAGCAAGACGACUCGGAAAUGUCACAAGUUCCAAACCCGGGACGCUAUAAUCGUCAACUCCAGGAGCAUUUGAUGAAUGACGGAAGUGAGGAUCGAAGUGCCGCCGAUGGAAUCAUGGAGCGAGAAGACGAGAUGGAGAAGAGUGUGCACCAAGGGAAUACGGCGAUCCGUGUUGGUCCACUCUACAGUAAUUAUAGUCCACAAAAGUUGCUCCGGCAACAGGCGAACUCCUCGAACACCCCACUACAAGCGCCACAACCCACUCGUCGAUAUUAUGUACAGAAGAAUCCGACACCGCAGAUGAGGCGCGAAAUGAGUCCAGCGAUUCGUACAGUAGCACGUCCGUAUCCUGCCGGCGGAGCUCGAAUGGUUGCUGGUGGAAGUGUUACCGGUGGAGUCAAGUACUAUGUGCCAGGACAGGGACCAUCCACUUCUCUGCAUCCAGCUCCGAGAUAUGGACAAUCAUCAUCAUCCACUCAACAACGUGUCGUCUAUUCGUCUGGAAGUGGAAUUCCAACUCAACUGGCGCCUGGACAACGAAUCGUUACGCAGAGAAUCGUCACACCCGGCGGACCGCAUCCCCCGGGAACCAUCGUUCGUAAAGUGAUACGCAAGAUUGUGGUGAAUUCGGGAACGAAUCAAGCUGGAGGAGUGAAACAAUCGGCCGCUCAGCAAGUUAUACAGAAGAAAAUGAUGGAGCAAGAGAUGAUUGAACGAAAACCAGAACAACCGAUGACGUCAGCGCAGGCCGCCGCCCUCAUCCAACAUCCGCCACCAGCUGAAUAUGACUAUUUUGAGUGA